AUGGCUGGUACACUUCGUCUUCGAGAACAUCUUCAAGAAGUAAUAUCUCUUUUGUCUAAUGAACCGAAAAAUUCUUCUUCUUCUCUUCCAUUAAUUGAAAAUAAAGAAGAAAUAGAAACAACACAAACAGAUUUUAAUUUUUCAAAUAAAAUGGCAACAAAUGUCAUUGAUAUAAUUGAUCCAAUUGAUUAUGAAGAAUAUAUCGAUGAACAUCGACAAAAAAUUGAAAAUGAUCCAUUACGUCAUUUACUUGAAUAUCCAACUGAUGAUAUUGAUUUUAUACGUAUUGAUCGACAAUAUCGUACUAUUAUUCCAACAAUGCCGGAAAAAGAAGCUUUAAAUGAUCCACAUAUACGUGAUUGUUUACAAAGUUUUAAUGGUGAACAUUUUUUUCUUAAACGAAAUUAUAAUCAAUUUGGAAGUGCAAUAACAUUAUUAAAUGUUCGUCAUGAACAAAUGCAGGCAUUAAGACAAACAUCAAAACAAGAUUAUGAAAUUGAUAUUAUUGAUGAUAAUCGACAAACUUUAAUUGAUCAAGAAAGAGAUAGCCCAAGAAAAUCAGCGAUUAGUGAUUCAACAAUUAUUCCAACAAAAAGUAGUUGGGCUUUAGCAAAAGAUGAUUUAGAUAAAACUGAACCAGACACAAUAAUGCCUCAUUUAAUUGAACGAAUUCCAAUUGAAAGUGUUGAUAAAGAAAAUGAAUUAUUACGAGGAAAAAGUCGUUAUUCAAAAUUAUUUAGUUCUUAUCCACCUCAAGCAGAUACUGAUUGUAUUGAAUAUCGUUUACCAUCUGAACCUCUUCAACCAUAUACAACAUUUAAACUUCAAGUUAAAUGUUUAGAUUUCAAAUUUGAACCAGAAAUUGAACCAAUGUUUGUCACAUUAGCAUUAUAUGAUUUUAAAGAACGAAAAAAGAUUUCGGAAAAUUUUCAUUUUGAUUUAAAUUCUGAUGCAUUAAAACAAAUGAUUCAUAUUCGACCAGCAGUUGAUGGUUCAACAUUAAGUCUGUCGGCGAUUUUUCCUAUAUCAUUUCCAUCACCUGAUAUUUAUCUUAUCAUUCGAAUUGAAAAAAUUUUACAACAAGGUGAUUCAUCGGAUUGUGCUGAACCAUAUAUUAAACAAGAUCUCAAAAAUCAACAACGAUAUCAUGAACAAGCGAUACAAUUUUGUCAACGCCUUGGUCGUUUUCGUAUGCCAUUUGCUUGGACAGCAAUUAGUCUACGUGAUAUUCUCAAAGAAGUUGAACAAGAAACACUUUCAUCAAGUCAUUCAAAUACAUUACCAGCUAAUACGGAAUUAAUUAAUUCAGUUUCGAAAGCAUCUAGUCUUGAACGUAAAAGUAUUGGAACAGGUGGUCUUCGAAAUGCAUAUGAAAGUUUUCGACGUUCACGUGAAGAAAGUUUGACACGGAAUAAUUCUAAACGAACAGAUGAACGACAAAUUUCAAGUUCAUCACCAACAUCAACUUUAACAACAACAAAUACAAAUCUUUCAACAGUAUCUGAUGAAUUUUUUCAUGUUUUAGCAAAUUUUGAUCGAACAAUUGUUCAUACACUUAAAGGAGUUUAUAAACAAGAAAGUGAACGAUUAAGUGAUGAAGAUAUUUUUAAAUUUCUAACCGAUUUUCGUAAACCACCAACAUUAGCAAAAAAACCUAAAACAAUUCCAGCUUAUAUUCGUUUUGAAUUCAAUCAAAUUCAUCCAGGUGAUACAGUUGAUUGUUGUCUUGAUCCACAAUUAAAUCGUUUAAAACCAUAUACUGAUGAUACAAAACGUCCAAUAAAAGAAUUACUUGAAUUUCCACCACGUGAAAUCAAUUUACCACAUACAUUCUAUCGUAAUCUUCUUUAUAUUUAUCCAUUAACUGUUAAUUUAUCAAAUUUAACAACACGUGGUUCAACAUCAGCAAGAAAUAUUGCGGUUAAAAUACAAUUAAUGGGUGGUGAAGAAGAAAUAUUUUCUUUAGCAUUAAUUUAUGGAAAAUCAUCUGGACUUGAAAUGAUUAAAGAAAUUUAUUUACCUGUUGUUUAUCAUUCCAAAUCACCUUCAUUUUAUGAUGAAGUUAAAAUUCGUCUUCCUGCUGUUAUUGAUGAAAAUCAUCAUUUAUUUUUUACUUUUUCACAUAUUAGUUGUCAACCAAAAGAAAAUGCUCCUGUUGAAAUUCCUAUUGGUUAUACAUGGCUUCCAUUAUUAAAUAAUAAUCAACUUAUUCAUGGAGAUUUUAAUCUACCUGUCGCAUGUGAAAGACCACCACAUAAUUAUUCACUUGUACCACCAACGAAUCAUGAUAUGAACAAUGUUAAAUGGGCUGAUAAUCAUAAACCGUUAUUUUCAUUAUCAAUUCGUCCAUCAUCAACAAUUCAUUCAUUGGAUGAACGAUUAGAAAAUUUUUUUCAUAUGUAUAAUCAACUUCGAAAACAAGCUUAUGCUUCUCAUCACCAUCAUCAUUCACAUUAUCAAAUAACAGAUAAAGAUUUUAAACAAGCAAUUAUGGAUACUGUUUGGGCACAAUCUGAAAAACUUAUUCAAUUUCUUUAUAUUCUUCUUGAUACACUUCUUUCAUUAUUAGUUCGAUCACCAAUACUCAAUGGACAUAUACUAAAUGUGAAUCAAACAUGUUUUGAAACAUUAACAAAAAUAGUUCAACGUAUUCAACGUGAUCUUCUUGCUGAUCUUAAUGAUACACAUGGACGAAAUCGUUUACUUUUAACAUAUAUUCAUUAUGAAUGUACAUUACAUACACCAACUGAAACUGAUCCAAGUGCUAUUUCAUCAAAAUCAGCUAGUCUUCGUCCAAGUUCACUCUAUUUUCAACGUCGUGUACCACGUAGUACAUCAAAUCCUGAUCUACCUAGUCCAUCAUUAUCACCUGAAGAUGAAUUGGCACUUGCUAAUGGUAGUUUAAUUUCUACAGGUAUUUCAUCUGGAAAACAAACUAUUGAAACAUCUCAAGGUAUUAUAAAAGAUGCUGCUUAUUCAACAAAAACAGCACAACAACGAAAACCUUUACAUGAAGAAUUAUUAUUUCAAUGGGUUGUUUCAUCAGGUGCAACACGAGAUUUUGCAUUUGGUAAUAGUUGGUUUUUCUUUGAAUUAUUAAUAAAAACAAUGGGACAUUAUUUACAUAUGACAAACCGUUUUUCAAUUGAACGUCGUCAUCGUUUUUCAUAUCAAUUUUGUGAUGAUAUAACAACAUUAUUAAGAUUAAUUAUACGAGAAUUACUUGAUCGACAACAUCAAACACAACGAAAUGGUAUUGAUGGAAAAAUUCAUUGUACACAAUUAAAUACAUCAUUAGCAUUUUUUAUCAAUGAUUGUUUAACACUUAUGGAUAGAGGUUUUGUUUUUAGUCUUAUUAAAAUUUAUUGUAAAGAAUUUGAUCUUGAAAUAACACAUGGACAACCAACAGAUACAUCAUAUUAUAUAUCUUUAAAAUUAGAUUUUAUUCGAAUUAUUUGCUCACAUGAACAUUAUAUUGCACUUAAUCUUCCAUUAUUACCAACAAUUCCACCAUCACCCUCGCCAAGUAUUGGUAGUAUGCAAUCUUAUUCAUCAAAUAACAAUACAACAAAUGGCAAUCAUCAACGUGCAAUGACUAUUCAACAAACAGAUUUAACUUAUGAAUAUCGUCAAGAACAUUAUCUUGUUGGAAUUAUUUUACAUGACUUACAAAAUGUUCUUUCAAAUAAUUCUCCAUGGCUUCAUAGUCGUGCGAUAAAUAUAUUACGAAAUGUUUUAUCUUGUCAUGAUUUUGAUCAACGUUUAUUAAUUAAUGAUGAAAAAAAUAAUCGAAAUCGUGUUGCAAGACUUUAUUUACCAUUACUUCAUAUUAUUUCAAGUAAUAUUAAUAAAUUAUUUGAUCCAGGAAAUGCUUCAUACGGCCAGUUAAAUCGUCCAAAUGUUACACCAUCUGAUGAUCUUAUUACUUCAAAUGGUGAUGAACUUGCUAUAGAAAAUGAUGGAACUUUAAAACGUGUAUCAUCAAUGACAACAUUUAGUGAAGAAACAUCUCGAGAUUUAUUAAUAUGUUUAUUAUGGUUAUUAAAAAAUAUUGAUUCAACUGUUCUUCGUCAUUGGUGGAUGCAUAUGACACGUGAACAACUUCAACAUUUAAUACAAUUACUUGAUUUAUCCAUUGCUAGUUUUGAAUAUAAAGGUAAAAAACAAUUGAAACGUCAUCAUCGUAUUGGUGCAGGUGGACAUGCAUCUGUACUUGCUGCGAUUUCAACAUGUGCAUCAAAUAAAAAAACAUCAAUGAUAUCAGUUAAAAAUCAAUUAGAAAAAUCUAUUAUUGGAACAGAUAAUGCAAGAACAGAUAUGUUAAAUAGAACAAAACAAAAAAAUCCCAUUUCAUCAACUCAUGAAUCAAAUAAAAAUAAUAAUAAUCUUCGUUGGAGAAAAGAUCAAACACAUUGGAGACAAGCAAAUACAGAAAGAAGUGAAGAAGAUAUCGCUAUUGAUGCUCAUCUAGAAAGUAUUCUUGCAUCUGAAUGUACAAUGAUUGUCUUAGAUACAAUUGAAACAAUUAUACAAGUUGUACAAACAACAGAUUGUCAUCAAAUACUUUUACCUGGUUUACUUAAAAUUCUUUUACAUGCAUUUGCACUUAAUCAAAGUACAUGGACACUACAAAAUUUAUUUUCUCAUCAACGUUCAAUUGUUUAUAAAUUUCCUGAACUUCUUUUUGAAGAAGAUACAGAACAUUGUGCUGAUUUAUGUCUUCGUCUAUUAAAACAUUGUUCAUCAUGCUUAAGUACAAUACGUUCUCAUGCAUCGGCAUCACUUUAUUUAUUAAUGAGACAAAAUUUUGAAAUUGGAAAUAAUUUUUCCCGAGUUAAAAUGCAAGCAACAAUGUCAUUAUCAUGGCUUGUUGGACAAUCCACAUCACAAUUUAAUGAAAUAUUUUUACGUAAAUCAUUACGAACUAUAUUAACAUAUGCCGAUGGUGAUACUGAUUUACAAGAAAGUGCAUUUCCAAGUCAAGUGAAAGAUUUAGCAACAAAUUUAUAUAUGAUUUUAUGUGAUACAGUUAAACUACGUGAAGCAAAAGAUAAUCCUGAUAUGGAACUUGAUCUUCUUCAUCGUAUAGCUAAUUGCUAUCAAAAUAGUCCUGAUCUUCGACUUACUUGGUUACAAAAUAUGGCUCAAAAACAUUUAGCGAUGAAUCAUUAUGCUGAAGCUGGAAUGUGUUUAGCACAUGCAGCUAGUCUUGUUGCUGAAUAUCUUCGUAUGCUUGAAUCGAAAUCUUAUAUGCCAAAUGGUUGUGUUGCUUUACAAAAAAUUUCAAUGAAUUUAUUAGAAGAAAGUGCAGUUAGUGAUGAUGUUGUAUCACCUGGUGAUGAAGGUAUUUGUACAGGAAAAUAUUUUACUGAAAAUGGUUUUAUCGGUCUUAUGGAACAAGCAGCAGUUUUUCUUACUCAUGCACAUAUGUAUGAAGCGGUAAAUGAUAUUUAUCAUGUUUUAACACCAAUUUAUGAAGCUAAUAGAGAUUUUAAAAAACUCUCUCAAGUACAUAGCAAAUUACAUGAAUAUUUCAAUCGAAUACUUAUUCAAGGAAAUAAACGUUUAUUUGGUACUUAUUUUCGUGUUGGAUUUUAUGGAACAAAAUUUGAUGAAUUCGAUGGACAAGAAUUUAUUUAUAAAGAACCAGGAAUAACAAAAUUAGCCGAGAUCGCUUCUCGACUUGAAUCAUUCUAUAUUGAUAAAUUUGGUAAAUCUCAAGUUGAAAUAAUUAAAGAUUCCAAUGAUGUUAAUCGUGCUUCACUUGAUUUAGCCAAUAAGGUAAAAAAUACACGUAUAUAUAUGUGCGUGUGUAUAUUAAAAAGAAGAGAAAAAAUAUAG